UAAAAAGGAUUUUCUAUUUAAUAAAGUGAACUUGAUAGUUUGUUUUUAAAGCUUUAAAAUGUUUUGUAAAAAUAAUCAUAUUAUCUUAGUUGCAAUAAUAUUGAUGUGGGUAAGUUGUGUUAAAUCUCUAAAAACUGGUUAUAAUAUAAUGGAAAAUGACAUUGAAAAUAUAAAGUUAUUAAAGUGUUCUUAUUUGUUUAAUGCAAUAUUUAACAUGAAAGUACAUAAGAUAAAAUUAGAAAACCACAAUAAAAAAUCGGUAUUAGAGGAAACAUUUACUUAUGCCUUUUUAUUAAAAACACAAAUGAGUACAUUAUUUAAAGUAGAAAGCUUAGGAUCUUUAUGGCUACUUAAUCUAUAUUUAUUAUAUUUAAGAAAUAUUGUUCGUAAAUUAGAUUGUACAAACAAAGAGAAUUAUGAUAAUAUUUUGAAUACAUUGGAUUAUGUAAUAGCAAAAUUAAUUAAAGACUCUAAAGAAUGUCCUAAAGGAAGCCAGUUUUUUAUAAGUGAUUUAAUGAUAAAGGAAUAUAGCAACAUUGGUAUGCCAAAUGUUUAUUCAUUACAAAAACAAACAAACAAUGAGCUUGAGAGAUUAAUAGCAGAAAAUCAUAAUGAAUUGCCUUGGUGUAGAAAAAUAAUGAAAAGAUUAAAAAAAGAUGUGUUGUUUAUGAGAAUAUUAUUGGAACCAAUUAAAUUUAAUCACAUGAUGAUUACAUAUAAUGUUCAAGUCAAAUGGGGUCAAGCUCAAACCAAUAUAGAUAAAUUUUAUAAAGCAAUCAGAUACUUUUCAUGGAUUAAUAAUAAUUUCCAAGAUCUCAAAAUAUACUAUAAUGCUGUUUUUGGUUUUUUGAAAAUUAUUAUGUUAAGAUUAACUUGGAAACAUAUUUUGUACCUCAAAUAUCAAGAUUUAAAUAAUAUUAAGUACCUUGUUAGAACAUGGAUUGUUAUUUUAAACAGUUUUUCAUCUACAUUACAUUUGGAAAAAGACGUUAUGAUUAACACAGUGAUAGGAAAAAUGAUUUAUUACAACGAAGAUCUUAACGUAGAAACUAUGGUUUCAAAAGACGAGCUAGAAAUAUUAAAAUUUCACCGAAAUUCUAUGGAUAGUUUAAUAGAAGUUAUAAUACCAUUUUUGAGAGAUCUUUGCGUAGACUUAGACUGUUAUGCGACCUCAGAAUUCAUUCUCAAUGGAAAUGAAUUAAUACCGUUCAAUAAACAUAACUUCUUAUCAAAACCACAACAUGUCAUUGGCAAUUAUAAUACCAUUAUUUAUUACAGUAUAAGAAGGAGAAAACCGAAGAAAAUACUAAGAAAGUCUAAAAAUUCACGUAUGCUCUAUUCUGAUGAAUUUGCUUUUUUUAUAAGAGAAUCAGUUGAUAAAACAAUCAGAAUGAUGAAAUGAGAAAUUAGCAUUUAAAGAUAAAGUAAAUGGUGAAUGGCGUGGUAGUGUUUUAAUUGUAUAUUGUUUUAGAAAAUAGAUAAUAUAAUAAAUCGUGAUCUUAAGUGCAGGAUGGAGCAGAAAAAUAUAAAUAAUUUGAAUUAAAAAUGUUAUAAUAUCGCUAUAACACAAAAAAUAUUUUUAAAGUACCAAACGUUUUUCAUUUAAAAUAUAUAAAUAGUAAUAUUUUUGAAAAAAAUUUAUAUGAUUUAAAUAGCAUUUAUUUCUUUUGUGCAUUACCAUCUGUUCAAACAUGUAAUCAUGUAUAUUUUAUUGUUAUAAUU